AUGUCAGAGAAAGAAUCUUCAAUUUCUGAUUUUGAAUUAAUUCAAAACGAUGAUGCUACAGAAAUUGAAAAUAAUUUAAAUGCUCUUCAAAUUGAGCAUGAAGAAUUAAAAAAUAAAUAUGUUUUGCUUGAAGAAAAGUAUUUGUCUCUUGAAAAUAAAGUUAAAAUUAUGAAUGAAAUAGGCCUUAAAAGUAAAAGUGAAAGUGAAGAUAUAAUGAAAACUUUAAGGGAAUUAGUGAUUGAGUGUUUUGUUCAAAAUAAAAAUAAAUUUAAAUAUAUUGCCUUUGAUUGGUUUGAUGUGAAUUGUACAUGCUGCCAAUAUAUUUGUAUAAAUACACACAGACCUUGCGGUGCUUGUAUUAAUGGGAAUGGAUUUGCUAACUUAAUUAAUGAUGGAAAUAUUAAAUAUUUUAGAGGGAUAGUUAAUAAAACUGCUUGUAUUACUGCUCAAAAUUCAUUUAAUAAACCAAAAGAAUAUUUAACAAAUUAUUCUUUAUUUUAUUUUGAAAUUAAAUGUAAAAUUGAAGGAGAAAAUAAUUUUCUGGUUGUUGGCCUACAAAAUGCUCUUACAAAAAGCAGUACUAGAUAUAAUGCUAGGGAAGUUAAAAUUAAGAAUGGAUUUGAAGAAUUUAAUCUUUCAACAUUUUCUUGGAAUGAUGGAGAUAUUUUUGGUUGUGGAUUAGUAUAUCCACCUAAAAAGAAUAAAUUACCUUAUGUUUUCUUUACUCAAAAUGGAAAAAUAAUUGGCAAAGCAAUAUUAUUAAAUGAAAAUGGUAAUUCUUAUAUCCCGUAUGUCCAUCUUCAAUGUUGUUCUCUCGAAAUUAACUUUGGAAAUGAUUUGGAGGCAAAACCUUUUUGUUAUGAUAUUUCGAAAAAUUCUGCGCUUAAAGAAUUUUAUUGA